AGACCAGCCUGCUGCAAUGGCAGCUGCGAACAAGAAUCAUAUACGAAACGGGGAGCAAGCUUUCCAGAAGAUGGACAAGAUCAAUGCAGAGCUAUUUACCCUGACGUACGGCAGUAUGGUACAACAACUGUUGAAGGACUACGAGGACCCGAAUGAAGUGAACAUCCAGUUAGACAAGAUGGGCUUUGGGAUCGGGCAAAGGUUGAUCGAUGAGUUGCUGGCUAAGAGCAAUGUCGGGCAGUGUUCUGACUUCCGUGAGACGGCUGAGGUCCUAGCCAAGGUUGGGUUCAAGAUGUUCCUUGGGGUCACUGGCAACAUCUCCAACUGGAACCAGGAGGAUACGGAGUUCAGCCUCCUCCUCGAUGACAACCCUCUGGUGGACUUUGUGGAAAUCCCGGAUGACCUGAAGGAGCUCAAAUACUGUAACAUUCUGUGUGGGGUGAUUCGUGGAGCGUUGGAGAUGGUGAACCUGCGAGUGGAGUGCGAGUACACGAAAUGUACGCUGUGGGGAGACGACUGUAUGGAGAUCAGAGUCCGCCUGUUGGAAAAGCUUGAAGACAAAUAUCCAUUCGAUGAUGAUGACUAGAUGUUUAAUUCUUUCUUAGCGCAUCCCCUCUGCGAUGCGACGUGUAUGUUUUAUUCUAACUUCGAUCCGUGGUAUCGAGAUUAUGGAAACUCAUAGUCUGGGACCCCCUCGAUUCUCAUUCCAUCUCAUCUGCGA